AUGCCAAGUAUCAGACAGAGGAAGACCGACAGGGGAGUGCCACUUGCUCUGCUGCAGGUGGCCUCAGGUGAAGUUCAGGAGGGCAAAUCAUUCAGGGAAGUGGCAAAGUCCCUGGAUAUAUGCCAUGUCACCCUGUACCGGUUCCAUAAGAAGAGGCUGAGGUUGGAGAGUCAGGGAUCACACACACCCCCAAGAGUAGGCUACUGGACUCCAAAGAAGGUGUUCUCAACAGAGCAGGAGAUGCUAUUGAGAGACUACCUGAUGCAAGCAGCUGAUCUAUAUUAUGGUCUCAGCUCAAAGGAGGUGCAGAAGUUUGCCUAUGAAUUGGCAAAGAACUACAACUGCAACUUCCCUCAAACCUGGGCAGAGAAAGAGAUGGCCGGAGCUGACUGGCUCACAACGUUUUUGAAGCGGCACCCUACCCUCUCCAUACGCAGACCUCAGGCUACCAGUCUCUCACGGGCUACAAGCUUCAACCAAACAAAUGUGAAAAAGUUUUUUGACAACCUGUCUGCAGUCCUGACGAAGCAUGAGUUUGUCACACAGGACAUUUGGAAUAUGGACGAAACCGGAGUCACAACUGUCCAAAACCCUGGGAAGAUUGUUGCCAGAAAAGGGACGAAACAAGUCGGCAGUGUGACAUCUGCAGAGCGAGGCACUCUCGUCACACUUGCAUGUGCUGUAAAUGCAUUGGGGAAUUCAAUCCCCCCAAUGAUGAUAUUCCCCCGGAAGAAGUUUCAUCCCUUCUUCACCAGCAAUGGCCCUCCUGGCUGUAUUGGCACAGCAAAUGGGUCUGGGUGGAUGCAAGAGGAAGACUUUUUGGUCUUCCUCAAGCACUUCCAGAGCCAUACCAAGAGCUCACAGGAGUCAAAGGUGCUGCUGAUUCUGGACAAUCAUUCCUCCCACCUUUCUGUGGAGGGGAUUAAUUUUUUGCAGGAGCCAUGGGAUCAUCCUCCUCUCUUUUCCUCCCCACUGUUCUCACAAACUACAGCCCUUAGAUCGCACUGUAUAUGGGCCACUGAAGAGGCACAUCAACAGCCGCUGUGACAAUUGGAUGAAGACUCAUCCAGGAACCA